AUGUACAUAGAAGUGGCCCGCAGUUCGCGGCACUACGGUCGCGUACCGGCGGGCGAGGCGGUGACGGACGCGCGCCACGUGACUGACGGAGCGACAAGCGGGCCGUGUCGCGUUCGUGUGUCGCUCGCUUCCAAGGAGCUCACGCUGACCAGUGUUGGCCAGCCCUCGCGGGAGCAACGCUACAAAGUUACCAGGAUGAGGUGCUGGAGGAUAACCACCCUGCAUACUACGGACAGGCACCAUACAAACGGUCACGGAUCUUUAUUAGAAGAGUCCAACAAACACUUCGAGCUCUCUUUCGAAUAUCUCAUUAGUAAAGACAACCUAGAGUGGAUAACACUGCAGACGGAGCACGCGAUAUUUAUUAGUGUUUGUUUGCAGUCAAUAGUGGACGAGUUGAUGAGGCAGAAGAGCGGCAACGGUCCAGCGUCGCCCCGUUGUAAGCGCGGAGGUCUCACGUACCUGCGCCGCGAUGGAUCCAGCCAAGUUAUCACAUCCUCUUCCUCCAGCGAUACUCUAAGUUCAGUUAACGGCGACUCCAUUACAUCGGGCAGUUCGCGAGAGAUAUUUUCCGUUCAGAAACUGACUCAAAAGUUCGCCUCGGUUGCAUUUAAGAGCGGAAAGGAUUGCGUGGAGAAUAACGCGUUUGAGGCGAUAGGAGAUGAAGAACUAUGA